AUGCCAGCCAGGACGAAAGAGACAGUCUCAAAGGCUGUGGACGAAGUAUCGUCAUCUGCCUCUGAACUCGAGGUUGAGGCCAUUGAUGGAGAAGAUAGUGGAAUCGAAGCGACAAGCGAUGAUGAGAAUGAUGAUGAAGUCCAAGGAAGCGAGCCUCAGAGUGACUCAGACUCUCUCGACAGUUCUGCGGCACGGAAAAGACGGAGGAUUUCACCAGAGCCCGAGGAGAUUGACGAAGACGAUGACGAGGAAGAGGUCCCAAAGCAGUCUGUCUCCUUUGUCAGUGCGCCUUCAAGAAUAAAACGGAAGGAUGUGUCCAGUGGUGGGCCUGCGACGCAGAAGCUCCCCGAGCAGGUUGCUGCCCCACCAGCUGACGUUUCUGAAGGUGCAACCACUGCGCCUACGGAUCCAAACACAACGUUCGAGUCACUGGGUGUGCACCCAUGGCUGGUUCGUUCACUUACGAACAUGGCCAUCCGAAGGCCGACUGGGAUCCAGAAGGGUUGCAUUCCUGAGAUACUCAAGGGCAGGGACUGCAUCGGUGGCAGCCGGACGGGUUCCGGAAAGACGGUCGCGUUUGCGGUGCCCAUUCUUCAGAGAUGGGCCCAGGACCCGUCUGCCAUCUUUGCCGUGGUCCUGACACCUACUCGUGAGUUGGCGCUUCAGAUGUACGAGCAGUUUAAGGCCAUCUCCUCCCCGCAGACCCUUAAGGCUGUCCUCGUCACGGGCGGUGCCGACAUGCGUGCCCAAGCUAUCGCUCUCGCGGAGCGCCCACACGUCGUGAUUGCCACGCCGGGCCGUCUGGCUGACCACAUCCGCACGUCUGGUGAAGACACCAUCUGUGGCCUGCGGCGCGUCAGAUUUGUCGUCUUCGAUGAGGCCGACCGGCUCCUGGCUGCUGGGCCGGGAAGCAUGCUGCCAGACAUUUCGGAGUGCCUCGACGUGCUCCCGCCCCCCUCGCAGAGGCAGACGCUCCUCUUCACGGCGACGGUCACGCCCGAAGUGCGCCUUGCAAAGGACAAGCCGCGCGAGCCGGGCAAGCCGCCCGUGUUCGUCUGCGAGGUCGACACGCAGGUCAUGGCCAUCCCCACCGGCCUCCGCCAGAUGUACAUCCAGGUGCCCGUCACGCACCGCGAGCACUACCUGCACGUCUUCCUCCUGACCGAGGCCAACAAGGACAAGAGCGUCAUCGUCUUCUGCAACCGCACCGCCACCGCCAACUACCUGCACCACUUGCUGCACCUGCUCGAGCACAAGGUCACCGCCCUGCACUCCCAGCUGCCCCAGCGCCAGCGCGUCGAUAACCUCUCCCGCUUCCGUGCCGCCGCCGCCCGCAUCCUGGUGGCGACCGACGUGGCCGCCCGCGGCCUCGACAUCCCCGAGGUCAGCACCGUCAUCAACUACGACAUCCCGCGCGACCCGGACGUCUAUAUCCACCGGGUCGGCCGUACUGCCCGUGCGGGCCGCAAGGGCGACGCCGUCACCUUUGUCGGGCAAAGAGACGUCGAACUCGUCCAGGCCAUCGAGGCUCGUGUCGGCCGCGACAUGGUGAAGUGGGAGGAGGAGGGCGUCAACCUCGAGACCCGCGUGGUGCGCGAGGCCCUCAAGCUCGUGGGCGAGAAGAGCCGCGAGGCACUUCUGGACAUCGAGGAGAGGCGCGAGGUUGGGAGCAAGAGGAAGCGUGGCAAGGUCAAGCUCAGGGCGGCGGUGUGA